UCUUCCCAAAAAAUCUUAAGAUUUAUCAAUGUUCAGUGAAUUGGCCUACGGUUUAACAAUUAAUUAAAUUACUAUUAUCAGAUAAUCUUAAGAUAUCAAUAAUUGUAAAUAAUCCAUACCUAUAUCAAAGAAACCGAACAGUCAAGGUGUCACAAUAAUAUUAGUGCAUUUUUGGCUUUUUAUUAAAAAGUUUUCAUUAAUACGUGCGUCGAUUGGUAUCACAAUGAACGCUUUUGGUAAAAUUUACCCUUUGAAAGGAGGUUUGAUCAGAAAAUUUUCUGUUUCGGCAACUUUAAGUGCUAAUCACACAUGUAAGCUGCUAGUCAUUGGUGGUGGCAGUGGAGGAUGUGCAAUGGCUGCAAAAUUCUCAAGAAGGCUACCAAAAGACUCUGUUAUAGUAUUGGAACCAAGUCAGGACCACUACUACCAACCUCUCUGGACGCUAGUGGGGGGCGGAGUUACGACGGUGGCAGCGUCGCGACGCCCCGAAGCGAGCGUCCUGCCCGCUGCCGCCAAGUGGAUUAAACACGCCGCACACUCCAUAGACCCAGUGAAGAAUACUGUCACCACGGUGGAGGGAGACACCAUCAGCUACGAAUACCUGAUUAUAGCUGUUGGCCUCGUCAAUGAUUACUCGAAGGUCCCCGGGCUCACGGAAGCUCUAGCGGACCCCGACAGCGGCGUGUCCACCAUCUACAGUCCCGAUCAUUGCGAGAAGACGUGGCGCAACAUCUCGCGGCACCGUGGCGGCCGCGCGGUGUUCACGGUGCCCGACACCCCUAUCAAGUGUCCCGGGGCGCCGCAGAAGAUUGUGUAUCUAGCGGAUGCGUAUUUCAAUAAGAUUGGCGUACGCAAUAAAUCAGAACUUACAUACAACACGUGUCUCCCGGUGAUAUUCGGUGUGAAGAAGUACGCGGAUGCACUCAUGAAGGUCGUGAAAGACCGCAACAUCAACGUCAACUACCGCACCGUGCUGAGGGAGAUCCGCCCUGACAGGAAGGAGGCAAAGUUUGUCAAUUUGGAUACUGAGAAGGAUCUAACUCUACCCUACGACAUCUUACACGCGACUCCGCCGAUGCGCACGCCGGACUUUCUACAGAACGCCGGAGACGUCGUCAACGAUUGUGGUUUCGUCACCGUAGACAAGUACUCGCUACAACAUACAAAAUACCCGAACAUAUACGGUAUUGGCGAUUGUACGGAUACGCCGAACAGCAAGACCGCUGCCGCUGUGUCCAAACAGAGUCUAGUAGUGGAACACAACCUACUGAGCACGAUGAGCGGCGGCCAGGGCUCGCGACGGUACGACGGGUACGGCGCGUGCCCGCUCGUCACGUCCUACCGCACCUGCAUCAUGGCCGAGUUCCUGUACGAUAGCGUGCCGCACGAGACGCUGCCCAUGAACCAGGCCAAAGAAAGGGUGAUAAGCUACUACAUGAAGAAGGACCUAUUCCCGUUCCUGUAUUGGAACUUCCUGCUGAAAGGCCGGUAUCACGGACCAGAGUUUGUGAGAAAAAUCAUCAAUCCAUUCGGUAAUUAAAAAGUAUACAUACAAUGUAAACUACAUCGAACGAGUUGUAUCGCUUCCAUGGAAUGUAGACUGUCUUAAGUGCCACAACAAUGUUAGGACUUUAUGCAUAUUACACUCAUGGGCGUACCCAGGUUCUGG